CUCCAUGGUUACAAGGGGUACACAAAUCUCUGCAGACCGUGGCCAAGUAUCACACUCAAGGCCCGCUGGCGCUAAACUCCCUGUGUAAUGAUGUCAACUCCUCAGCCAGAGCAGUCUUAUCCCUUUGUAGAUUUAUAUGGUGAAGAUGAAGCUGACAAAGCAUUUCUUAUGUCUAAGCCGACCUGCUUCCUCGUCCUUGGAAAACCGGGAGUUGGGAAGAAAACAUUCGCUACAAAAUUAGCACAGAUUUGGAAAUGCACACUCAUAGAUGUUUUAGAGCUUCUAGAUGAGAACAUAUCAGCCAGCACAGCAUAUGGACUCAAGAUCCAGGAACUGCUAUUUCAAGGUCAAAGUAUCCCUGAAGAACUGAUUGUAAAGAUGCUUUUGAACAAAAUUGAAACACCAGAAGUUGCUCACUUUGGCUAUGUUCUCUGUGAUUUUCCGUCACUUUCUGAGGAAUACAUGACUAUAACAGAACAGAUAGAAAUAAUUAGAAAUUUUAAAUUAAAACCAGAUUUCUUGAUUAAUAUUAAGUGUCCUGACUAUGAUUUGUGCCAAAGACUCUCUGGACAAAGACAACUUUAUACAACAGGACAAAUAUUUCAGAGAGAUGAAUGGGAUCCUGAAAUUAUUGAAAAGCGGAGGAAAAAGAAGAAGUCGCCAAAUAAAUCCAAGGAAGAAGAGGAGGAAGCAGAAGAAGAGGAGGAAGAAGAAGAUGAGGCAGUUGAGGCAGCAACAGAUCAGUAUAUGCUGACAGAAAUUUUACCUCAUUUAGUUCAGAGACCAGAAGAUUUUUUAGAAAACGUACAACAAAAAAUCGAAGUUUACAGGGAUACUGUGUUACAUCCUUUAGAGGAAUUAAUGGCUGAGCAAGAUUCCCAGUAUCUUAUUGAACUUGAUGGGAAUAAAUCUUCAGAUGAACUCUUUACAUCAGUAAUAGCCCAUCUUCAGUCCAUGGGUCUGAGAAAUGGAGCUCUUAUAACCAGACUUCAAAGCGCAGAAGAAGAAAUUAUGGAAGGACUGGAAUCGGAUGAAAUUUUUCGGACUCUUGCAGCUUACAAACUUGUAGCCCCUAGAUAUAGAUGGCGGCGCAGCAGGUGGGGACGAGCAUGUCCUGUGGCUUUAAAAGAUGGUAGAAUUGUUAUGGGAUCACCAGAUUUUGCAGUCAGUUUCUUAGGUAAGAUGUACACACUGUCAACCGAGGAAGCCCUGAACACAUUCAUGCUGAAUCCUCGUCCCUUCCUACUACCACCUAUGCCACUUCCACCUUGUAAAGUCUUAAUCAUUGGACCUCCAUUUUCUGGGAGGUCAACCCUGUGUCAGGCAAUUGCAAACUACUAUACAGGAAAGGUUCUUGAUAUGGAUGUUCUGCUUAAGAGCCAUUUGGAAGAAGCAAGGUUAGAACUCAUAGAGCAGACUCGUUCAGACGCAACAGCAGCAGGCAUUGCCAAAGUGAAAGAAAAAAUUGAAAUGGAACGACUAUUCAGAGAAGAAUUUGCACUAGGUGCCGAAGAGUUGACUGGUGAUAAAGAAUUAGAGGACUUUGAAGAAAGUUUCCAAGUUGAUGAAGAAAGUUCAUCUGAACAACCUAGUGCUGCAACAUCUAGAAGUCAAAGAAGUCAAAUAACUACGGGAAGCACUGUGAGAGAAGUGGCAUCUAGAGAGUUGUCCACAUCCGAGAUGGAAGAGCAAACUGACUCAGCAUUACAAGUACUAGAUUCAAACAUAACUGCUGACCACCCAGAGGUCCAAGAUAUAGUAAAUAAAGCAAUUCAAGUUGCACUGCAGUCACCCAUAUUACUGCCACCAGAAAUGUAUUCUACAGCAUUACAAGAAGCCGUAAUGGAGCUCACUACAACAAAUAAGAACAGGUUUUUGGGUGCUCCAUUGAACGGAGGAUGGGUAGUGGAUAAUUUUCCUCCAUUACCAGAGUACUGGUCAGCUUUGACAGAAAAUGACCUUCUGCCGGAUAUUCUAAUUUGUUUGAAGAACACUGAACAAAAUGGAAAGUUGUUAUUGAAUAGGCUGUAUAUGGCAAAUAAAGAUGAACUUGAUGCUAAGAUUCUAAAAAGACUAAUGGUUGAAGCUUUAAAGCGGAAACAGGAGGAAGAAGAAACAAGGAAAGAACUGCAAGAAAUGUUGAGAUUAGAAGCUGAUGAAUCUGCUGGUGAAAGGGAUGUACAAACGACAUCUCUUGAGGAAUUUUCUGCAACUGAACAAGACCAAAUGGAACAACCUCUUGAUUCUGCUGCAUCUGAAGGGAAAGUAAAAUCUAAAGAAUCAGUACAAUCUCAGUAUAUACCAACAGAAAGUUCUAGGGAGGACUCUCAAAUUGGACCAGAAUCUGAAGAAUACUUUGAAACUGAAGGACUAACAGAGCUGCACUCAUCUGAACAACUGCAGGAGAUGAAAGAUACUGAAUCUGACCUGGGAAUCAAGCUUCCUGAAUUUCCUGAGGAUGGUUUCCCAGAUGUGCUAGAAAUGGAGCCAUUAAAAAACAAAAUCAGCCAUUUCAUGAAUCUUUGGCAAAAAUUGGAGCCAGUGGUCACAGAGGCACCUUUAGUUCAAAUUGCUGAUAUUGAAAUUGAAGGACAGACUCCAGAGAUGCUGCUUGAUACAAGUGAUCGAGCCAUGAAGAGACCUCUUAAAUAUCAGGGCUGGGAAAUAGCUCAGGAAGAUGAAGAUGAAGAACAAGAUGAUUUGCAGGCUGAAACAGAAGCGCUGGCAGAGGAGGAAGAGGAAGAAGAAGAGGAAGAUGAUGCUGAAAGUGAAGAAGAGGAAGAUGAAGAAAAAGUUAUUGAGAGGAAGAGGCGCAUGGGAGACACAAAACACUUUUGUCCAGUGAUUCUAAAAGAAAACUUUAUUCUUUACCCAGGAAGUUAUGAAAAUGGAGCCAAGUAUCAAGAUAGUUACUAUUAUUUUUCAACUUCAGAAAACAGAGACAAAUUUUUGGAAAAUCCUGACAUUUAUGUGUCUCACAAUAAGCCAUUAAAAAUUCCCCCUCUUAGGGUAUGUCUCUUAGGUUCUCAUGGAUCAGGUAAAACAGUGUGUGCUCGGUGGUUAGCAAACAAGCUAGGAAUUUUCCACAUUCAGUUUGAAGAACGUUUGCAAGAAUUGAUCAUGCUGAAAACCGGGACCAGAGUUGGACCAGAAACUGAAGAAGAAGAUGAGGAAGAGGCUGCUGGGAUGCAAGAGAUGGGGGGAUCCCCGACAUUUGUUCCUGACAGUGCAAUUGAAACUGAAAUGGAGAGCGAAGACGAAAAGCGAUCUCCAGAGCAGAAAGAAUUGCAAUUAACUGAUGAAGAAGAGGCAAUCAAGGCAAACUUGGCAGAAAAUGAACCUCUGCCAGCAGGGGUGCUCGAAAAUGUUGUUUCAGAGUGGUGGACAAAGGAACCCUUCAGAUCUACAGGAUUUAUACUGGAUGGUUUUCCUCGAACAGUGGAUGAAGCCGCAUAUUUAGCAGAGCGUGGGCUUUGUCCAGACAUUGUAGUUUAUCUUGAAGUUGAAGAAGAUGAAGUUUCUGAUCGAAUUCUUCCCACACUUUUGAAAAAAUGGCAGGACAAACAAAACCAGAAAAAGGAAAAGAAGCAGAAGAUUAAAGAAGAGAAAGCAAAAAUAAGGGAAGAUCAAAUUAUCAAAAGAAGGAUAGAACUUCUAGCAAUGCAAGCAAAAAGGAGACAGUAUUCUGAAGCUAGGCUUGAAGGUGAGGUUGCUGAUGACGACGAGGAGGAAGAGGAAGAAGAAGAAGAUGACAUUGAAGCAGUUUUGGAAGAAGAGUUUCCAAAAGAAGAAGAUGACAUGGAAGAUGAGGAUGAGGAGCAGGAGUCUGAAGCGAUUGAGCGUUUGAAAACUGAAAUUGCAGAGAAGUUUGAAAUGGAUUUGGGUAAUAUGCAAGCAGUCCAGGAAGAACUUGAAAAAAUACUGAUACCCCAAGUAACUAUAGGAAGUAAGCGAAAACCCCACAUUGUGUGUUACCAGUUGUAUAAAAAGCUAAAGGACCUAGUGGAAAAUCGUGAAAGCCUCUUUGAGAAAUGUUACCCAUUAAGUGUGUCACUUGCGCGCAAAAUGAUAACACUUUCUUAUAAACAUCCAAGCAAUUUUGGGGAAUGGGACCCAAUUAAGCUAAGUGAAGGAGAUGCAAUAAAGCCUUAUCAAAGUCCCAGCAUUCCGAGUUUUCCAGUUAUCCACCGAAAUUCUAUUUAUUUUUUUGCAAGCAAAGAAAAUAGGGACACGUUUAUGAAAAAUCCUAUCAAAUAUAUUCGUCAGCUGAAGCCUAAAUCUACUGUGCCAGUCAAGAUUGCAAUAGUGGGGCCUCCAAAAUCUGGAAAGACAACAGUUGCCAAAAAAUUUGCAAGUGUAUAUGGACUAAUGCGGCUUUCCAUGGGAGAUGCCAUACGUAUGAUUUUAAGUGAUCAGCCAGACACUGAAUUAGCACUUAUGCUGAAGUGGCACCUUCAUAAAGGACUGACUGCACCCGAUGAACUUGCCAUCCAGGCUCUAGACAUUGCAUUGAUGAGCAGCGUGUGCAUCACUGCAGGGGUUGUUAUUGAUGGAUACCCUGUAACAAGAAAACAAGUAAACCUCUUAGAACAUAUGAAAAUAAUUCCAGUUAAAAUCUUUGAGAUGCAAAUUGAUGCAGAAGAGGUUUUUAGAAGAGCGCUUCUGGAUAAACAAAGCCCUGACAAGCUUCCUUAUCCACUGCAUGACAGCUCUCAGAUUCUUUCUAUCAAGAAUUCAUGUUACAGAACACAAGUUGAAGAAAUUAGGGCUUACUAUGAAGAGCAACACCAGAACUGGUAUGUGAUUGAUGCAUUGCACAGCAAGUGGUGGAUCUGGGACAAAGUACUUGAUGAGACACAGAAGAUCACCAAACAAAUCCAGAUGUAUUUGGAAAGAAUAAGACAAAGGAAAGCAGCAAGUAUUGCCCAUUUGUGUAUCACACCACAAGAACUGCUCUCUCGGCUGGGAGAUUUUGGACAAUACUGUCCUGUCAGCCUUGCAGAAAAGGGAGAGCUUGUUGAUUGUUCUGUCACUCCUUCGCUGCAGUUUGCAGCAGAGUUUCGAGGGCAUUACUACAAAAUGGCUGGACAGGAAGAGCUGGAUAAAUUCCUGAAUACACCAGAAUUAUAUGUGCCUCCAUUAGCACCUCAUCCUCUUCCUCUCCCAAGUAAGCUACCACAGAAACUAACUGCAGCAGAUGUGAAGGCCUUAUUCCCCAUGCAAGCUGAAAUGCAAGGAUACUGUCCAGUUACUUACCUAGAUGGGAAGCAAAGGUAUGAAGCACUGGUACCUGGCAACAUUGAAUAUGCUGCCCUUUAUCGCAAGAAGCUAUAUAUUUUUGAGAGCGAAGAAAAACUUCAGAAGUUUAUGAGAUCACCAGAAAAAUAUUGGAAGCAGACACUGCCACAUAAACUUCCUCCCAAGAAGGAGCCAGUAUUUCUGACAGCCCUUCCCUUGACAGGAUAUCUUGAACAGGGGGUUGCAACCGCCCUAAUAAAAGCAAUGAAUGAAGUAGGCUGUUUGAAGCCAAAAUUCCCAUUUCUAAGUGUGAAAAAAACAGCACUCUUGUUCAUAGCCUACCAUUUGAAAGCGUUUAAUCCCAGAAGUUCUGACUAUAUGCGAAAGAAGUACAAGAGGAAGUUGGACCGGUUCAUAGAUAACUGUGAACUUAUUCCAUAUUUGGGAACCAAAAUGACUAAGAAAUAUAAAGAGCCUCCAAAUCGACCAAUUGAUUUUGACCACAAAUUACACACCUUUCUGUCUCUCAAAGGUGUAGACCCAACUUCCCUUUAGUUUGGAACACUGAACAACUGUUUAAAAAAUCAGGCAAUCAAAUCUGCAAAAUUCAGCAGUAGGCUGACUUUUUUUAACGGAAUAGACUGCAAAAGCCAUUGGGAAAUGAGCUGCUGACCAAGCUAGCAAUUAGGCUGUUUUCAACAAUAUGGCUAAGACUGUCCUGUAUGUUUCAUGCAUUUUAAGUGAGACAGUGUAUCAACUAUUACUGUCAGUUCUGCAAGAUUACCGUAUGCUCCAUUUUAAACAAUCUGUUCUUGGAAGCAAGUUUUAAUGAUUUCAGAGGACUAUCUCUAAGUACAUGUAUUGAUAUGUGGAGCAUAUUCCUUCAACCACCAAUAAAAGAAUGCACAUGUAAUUUU